CAGUUCAACCAAUUGUCUCCUUGAACAGAUAGGUGGGUUCAGGUAUUCGUUGCUCUCAUUGUCUACUUGAAUAGGUCAGUGACCUGAAGAACCAGUUGCUCUCAUUGCCUGUACAGGUUGGUGACCCGAAUAAUCAUCUCCAUUGAGCAGGUUAGGUGCAGGUAGACACUAGAAAUACCUGCACAGCUCAAAUACCUGCUCUAACAUACUGUCCCCGCUAACAGCACUAGAGCCCCCAUGUCGCUGACCACAGUACAUCGUACCGUCCAGGACUGCGCCCUCCAGCUGCUGGAGUAUGUCGCCUCCCGCACAGGGCUUACCGAAGCCGUCAGGAAACUUCAGCUGGCGCGGCAGUUUGCGGCCAGCGACGACGAACUGAAGCAACUACAACUGAAGUGGCUACCGGGAGGUCUACAAGAAUGGUUACUGGAGAAAGCGAUCCAAGUGUUUGGAGAGCCGACAUGGAAGUACCAGGACUCCCUCCCACCUUUACCUGUACCUCCUCUCAAGAACACACUGGACAAGUAUCUAGAGUCUGUAAAACCGUUUGUGACGGCGGAGGAAUACAAGCAGACAGAGGCGGUGGUGAGGGAGUUUGAAGAAGGGGUCGGCCAAUCGCUGCAUCAGCAAUUACUGGAGAGGGCAAAGGUUAAAAGGAACUGGAUUGAAGAGUGGUGGCUGGAUCUAGUGUACCUUCGGUCUCGCCACUCCCUCCCCCUGACUUCCAACAUUGCCGGGUUCAUACCGACGACGGACCACAUGUGGCCGUCUGGAGUGGAACCGGAGGACCAGGUCCCGCUGUAUCUCUGGGUGUCCAUGCAUCUGUGGAAACUCCUCAGGAAAGAGCAGAUACCGGUUGACAAGGCUGUACUUACAGGACAGCCAUUCUGUAUGGACCAGUUUCGUAACAUGUUAUCAGCUCACAGGAUUCCUGGUGUGACCAUGGACAAGAUUGUCAGCCACUUUAGGACAGAAUCUGAAGGCCCAUCACCCACCCACAUUACCGUGCUGUGUAAGGGACGUGUGUUCAAGAUGGAGUGUGUCGAUCAAGAGGGCGAACCUCUGACUCCUGCAGAACUUAAAUUGCAACUGCAAAUGCUGAAACAACAAUGUGAGAACAUGUCAGAGGGACCUCACAUCUCUGCGCUGACUGCGGGAAACAGGACGGAAUGGGCAAAGACUAGAGAGAAGAUGGUGGAGAUGGACCCAGUCAAUGCUCAUAACCUGUCCGUCAUCGAGAAGAGUAUCGUGGUAGUAGCGUUUGACGAUGCCAUGCCGAAGGACGGUGGAGAGGCUCUCUACCAGGCGUUGGUGGGAAGUAGCAGGAACAGAUGGUUCGACCAUUUCAACACAGGGGUGGUCUUCAAGAGCGGCCUUUAUGCUAGCAACUUUGAGCAUUCCCCGGCUGAUGGCAUGGUGGCUGUAUACUGGGGAUACUUCCUUUUUGCUCAGUUACAAAGGAUUGGUCCAAUACAGAAGGCUCAGGUCCCCGCCAGACCCGUUCCGGAACCAGAGGAACUGGUUUUCACCAUAGAUGACGAGAUACGUGAUGCAAUCGUACAUACAGAGGAGACAUUCAUCAAACAGGCUUCGGACAUGGAACUAAUCUGCCCGAGCUUCACAGACUAUGGGAAGAAGUUCAUCCGUAGUUUCCAGCUCCACCCGGACUCCUACAUGCAGACUGCACUACAGCUGGCCUACUUCAGGCUGCAUGGAAAACCUGCCCCGACGUACGAGUCGGCAACCCUGCGGCAGUACUACCACGGCCGGACCGAGACUGUCCGGUCCUGCACCAUGGAAGUGGUCAACUGGUGUAAGGCCAUGCUGGACAACACAGUUCCGGUUGAAGAGAAGAAAGAACUAAUGAUGGUGGCGUUGAAGAAACAUUUACAAAUUAUGGAUGAGGCAAAAAGCAUGCUGGGCUGCGAUCGUCACCUCUUUGGUCUGCAAGUUCUUGCCCAAGGUGCAGGGAUUCCUCUUCCUUCAAUCUUCACAGAUGCUGCCUACACGAAAAGUGGGGGAGGGGGGAACUUCGUCCUGUCGACAAGUCUGCUUGGGUACACGCCGUGCCCAGGGGCAACUUCUCCCAUGGUGCAUCACGGCUAUGGAAUCUUCUACAACAUCCAGUCGGACAGGAUCAUGUACACCAUUAGUGCCUGGAAGAGUUGUAAGGAGACCAGUGCUGAGGAGAUGUCGGCUAGUAUACAACAGUCACUUAGGGACAUGCGCCAACUCCUCAUAAUGUCAUAAGCAUAAAAAUUGGCAUGAAUUAUGAAUAUUCAAUCAUGAAUGUAACAAAAAACUACUUACGAUGUUUAUGAUAUAGACAAACAAGUGUGGUUCAGCACGAAAACCUAGAAACUUCAUUGUUUAAAUUAAAAUUAGUAAAUUUGGUAAAAUAUGCCUUUCAGAAACCCAUUGCCAGGGCAAUACGAAAAAUUGUAGACAUAAAAAAUUAUUGUAGAAUUGUUGCCAACAAAAUGUUAGGAAAAGUCACCAAGUUUGGUAGUGCUAGCAUACGUCGUUAAGCAGUUAUUCGACGUAACAUGAGACGUCUAUGAUGUGGUGCUCUCUUGUUAUGUGACAACUAGAUUUUCUGAUUUAUUUGAUUAUUUGUUUACUUGUGUGUCGCAGGAAAUUAAACAGUAUUACAUUACUAUCACAUAUUAGAGAGUAUAUUAUUAUUUUAUAUCAUUUUUCACUUAACUAACAACAUUGUGAAGCUUAGUGAAAUUGAUCAUUAUUAGACAUAAAUCGUACAAAUUAGUUAAAUAUUUACAUAAUUAAUGUUACCUUCUUGUUUGGACGUAUGCCUCUUGAUUAGAGAGGAUGAUCAACCUAGACAAAUUAUGCAAAUCAGAACCUUAUUUGCAUGAUCAAUGGAAAUAUUUAUACUUCACUCGAAAAGAUUAAAACCAUUUAGCGAAGG